AUCCCCAUGGUCUCAAGCCGGCUACGGCCGCCAUUGCUGCCCUGACGCGCGACCUCCGCAGCUUUGAAUCCUCAUCCGUGGUCCCUGAAGGGCUCGGACAGCACGUUACAUCGUCCAAGCAAGAACAGAUUACAUGGUACAAGUAUAUGUCAGAGGCAUAUAGGACUACGGCACCCUCACCAAGAACAGCUGCAGAGGCUGCCCAGCUAGUUGCAACAGCUCUAAACUGGAUCCCAAGAGUUGAUUUGGAGGGUAUUUUUGAGUUCUACAACUUCCCGACCUCAUCACUCCCUGCAGCAUCCUCAAACCACCUCUUGACAUCACUACCAGCGGGCGUACAGUUUGUGCUGAACACUUUGCCGGUUAAUGUGAACUGCAUUGGAGAUGGUGAUGGCUUUACUGCUUAUAUUGCCAUAAGGGAUGAUCCCAGGGAGUUGGCGAAUGUGCCGCAAGAAGUGUAUGAGAUGUUGACUGCAAGGACUAAAGCACGUAUCCGUAGGGAUUACUGGAGUGCUGAUACCCUUCGAAGUACACUCGAAAAAUCUGGAUACAAGAUAAUAAUCUGUUCAGGCAAUGAGAUCCUUGCAAGGAAAUAUCGAAUCAGAUUGAGGGGGGUAGAUGCUCCGGAGCUUAAGAUGCCGUAUGGGAAGGAAUCAAAGAAUGCUUUGGUGAAGCUCAUUGGUGGGAAAAGCACCAAGAUUUAUGUGUAUGGGCAGGACCAAUUUGAGCGCUAUGUUGGCGACAUCUAUUGCGACACUGUGUUCAUCCAGGAGGAGAUGCUGAGGAAUGGUCACGCUUGGCAUUUCAAGAAUUAUGACAGACGCCCAGAGUUUUCUGCAUGGGAGAGAAAGGCAAGAGCUGCACGCAAAGGGCUUUGGGCGUCAAGGAACCCCGAGAAGCCGUGGCACUGGAGAAGAGACGAGCGCAAUGAAAGACACGGCACCAUUGAGUGGGAAACAUUGUUCGCCAAGGUCAUUGCUUGCUUCGUUGCGGUAGCGGAAAGAUUAUUUAUGGGAGGCAUACUCCUUGCACGAAGAAAUCUGCUGAAAUUGGCAAUCCUCUUGGGCCUUAUGGAAUUGGUGAUCAUAUUUAUGGAGCAAUAAGGCUCUGCAAGUUAGGGAAGCAGCGCACACCCAGCCUGUGAUACCGUAUCUAGUUAUGUAGUAUUUCACAUGAUGCGUGUGCUUGAGUGCCUGUUUUAGCUUGUCUCUGUUAGCUUGUAGACUUCAUUUGGUACUUAGGAUGCAACAGCUUAGCUGCUGUGAUGAUGAUGAACAUUGAGCCGAGGUUUGUCUCUGUUGUGUCGGAACGGCUAGACUUCUCGAAAUAGCGAUGCUUAAUUCACUUGUGAAAUUAUAUGUAACCGCAGCAACUUGCUGUCUUCUGA